CCCUGCUUACUGCGCACAACCAAUCCUAUUGGAACUCAGCAUCCCAGCUCCUCUGAGCAGAUCCUGGAAGUAAUUUCUGCAAUUCAGGAUUUUUUUAAAGCUAAAUAGAAAAUAUUGGCUUAUUUUUUGUUCAUUUUUUUUCUUUUGUACUUUUUUUUCUGCACAAAGAAGGAGGAUUUUUCACUUACUCAUACAGAGGCCAGUUUUUUAAAGCCAGCUAAGGUGGCAUCGGCUGUGCGGCAUUUCAAGCCUCUGGCUCAGCUGAAAAAGAAGGGGGUAGGGAAGGGAAGAUACAGGAGAGAAGCUGGAAGAGGACAAGCCAUCUUAUUUUGCUAUGUGGUAGGAGCUCUCUAUGAGAAAAGAUAGAAUUGUUUACCUUGAACAGUUGGUUCUUAAACCAUAAGGUGUUUUUCCUUGUUUGUUUUUUUUUAACCUCCCCCACCCCUUUUCUUGAGAGCUUUGCUGCAGAGCUUUGGAUUUGGGGGUUUUUGUUGAGGAGGUUUUAUUUAUUUUUAUCGGGUGUUUGUGAGUGUGUGUGUGUGUGUGUGUUGUGGUCCCAGCUGAGUCACCAUGUCUGCUCUGACGCCUCCGACCGAUAUGCCAACCCCCACCACUGACAAGAUCACACAGGCUGCCAUGGAGACCAUCUACCUUUGCAAAUUCCGAGUGUCUAUGGAUGGAGAAUGGCUCUGCCUGCGAGAGCUGGAUGACAUCUCCCUUACACCUGACCCAGAGCCUACCCAUGAAGACUCUUGGGAGGAUUUGACAGAUUUGGUGGAGCAAAUGCGCGAUGAUACAGAAGAUCCUAAUUAUCUCAUGGCUAACGAACGCAUGAACCUGAUGAACAUGGCCAAGCUGAGUAUCAAGGGCUUGAUUGAAUCUGCUCUGAACCUGGGGAGAACUCUGGACUCUGACUACGCACCUCUCCAGCAGUUCUUUGUAGUGAUGGAGCACUGCCUGAAACAUGGCUUGAAAGCUAAGAAAACUUUUCUUGGACAAAAUAAAUCCUUCUGGGGGCCUCUAGAACUGGUAGAAAAGCUUGUUCCAGAAGCUGCAGAGAUAACAGCAAGUGUUAAAGAUCUUCCAGGACUUAAGACACCAGUAGGCAGAGGAAGAGCCUGGCUUCGUUUGGCAUUAAUGCAAAAGAAACUUUCAGAGUAUAUGAAAGCUUUGAUCAAUAAGAAGGAACUUCUCAGUGAAUUCUAUGAACCCAAUGCCCUCAUGAUGGAAGAAGAGGGAGCCAUAAUUGCUGGUCUUUUGGUGGGUCUAAAUGUCAUUGAUGCCAAUUUCUGUAUGAAAGGAGAAGAUUUGGACUCUCAGGUUGGAGUUAUAGAUUUUUCAAUGUAUCUCAAGGAUGGGAACAGCAGUAAAGGUAGUGAAGGAGAUGGCCAGAUUACUGCAAUUCUGGAUCAGAAGAACUAUGUAGAAGAACUCAAUAGACAUCUGAAUGCUACUGUAAACAACCUUCAGGCAAAAGUGGAUGCAUUAGAAAAAUCCAACACUAAACUGACAGAGGAGCUUGCAGUUGCAAACAACAGGAUUAUUACCUUGCAAGAAGAAAUGGAACGAGUUAAAGAGGAAAGCUCCUACAUAUUGGAAUCUAAUCGGAAGGGCCCUAAGCCAGACAGAACUUCAGAAGGUCAAGCACUGAGUGAAGCAAGAAAACACUUAAAGGAGGAGACACAACUACGACUGGAUGUUGAAAAAGAACUGGAAAUUCAGAUCAGCAUGAGACAGGAGAUGGAACUGGCUAUGAAGAUGCUGGAGAAGGAUGUCUGUGAGAAGCAGGAUGCCCUGGUGUCUCUGCGGCAGCAGCUGGAUGAUCUCAGGGCUCUUAAGCAUGAACUUGCCUUUAAGUUGCAGAGUUCAGACUUAGGAGUAAAACAGAAAAGUGAACUAAACAGUCGCUUGGAAGAGAAGACUAAUCAGAUGGCUGCUACCAUUAAACAACUUGAACAAAGAUUGCGCCAGGCUGAGCGAGGCCGCCAGUCUGCUGAAUUGGACAACCGGCUCUUCAAACAGGACUUCGGAGACAAGAUCAACAGUCUGCAGCUGGAAGUGGAGGAGCUCACCCGGCAGCGGAACCAGCUUGAGUUAGAACUAAAACAGGAAAGAGAAAGAAGGUUACAGAACAACAGGAGCAUCCCAGGAAAGCGUUCCCAGAAGCCAGAACCCAAAACGAAGCUGAUGGGCAAGCAGUUCAAGGCAGACAGCAGUGUUCGUGCCACGGAAAGAAUUUGUCCCCCAAAACUGCCCAGGCAGGGCUUAAGAGCAUUGGUAGAAAUUGAGUUUGGAACUUUCCAUUGGUCCUUCAGAGCAGAAAACUCCUCCAGUUGUAUAGGCUAUAGAAGUUGUCAUGACAUUGAGGAUGAGAAGCACAAAAUUCAAGAGGAAAAUGUUAAACUAAAAAAGCCCCUGGAAGAAAGCUACAGGCCGCAGUCUCACCCUGUGGAUGCGCAGGAUCAGCCGCUGCUCUCUGAAAAGCCACUGGUGUGUCAGCUGUGCCAGGAAGAUUGCAGCCUAACAAAGAAUGUGUGUAAGAACUGCAGAGGAACCUUCUGUAAUACCUGCUCAACGAAUGAACUGCCUCUUCCUUCAAGUAUCAGGCCUGAGCGAGUUUGCAAUCCCUGUCAUGAGCAUCUGAUGAAACAAUAUUCCAGCAGCCCAUCGUAAGACUGGAGGCCGAGAUCUGGACCAAAAUGUCUCUACCUGUGUUAGAUGUCAGGAUCCCCUAGAGCCCAGACUUUAGAAUCAACUCAAGAAUUGAUAGGAAGAAUUUAAAUAAGCCAGGUCCAGGGAGAAAAGGCAGUGGUUGGCAGUAACGGAAAUUUUGCUCAUUUUCUUUAAUAACUGUAUGAAUAAAAGUUACUCAGUUGA